GUAGAUGGAUUUGGGGGUCUUACAAUUUUACAAUAAUUCUACAGAAAAUUGUAUUCUUUGUCGGCACCCCCAUUAUUGAUAGUUAGUAUCAGACUUUCUUGCGUGUGUUUAUCUCUCUUUGAAAUUUUCUGGCUCUAUAAAAAUCAAAGCUUUUCGAAGAAUUCUGUCACGUUUCUUUCUGGGUCUGCUGAAUUAUUGGCUUCUGAAUUUUGGGUUUUUAUUGGUUUUUGUUUUGGGUGCUUUGUUUAUAUCAAAGGGGGAGAAUUGGGUUUUGAAGGUUUGCUCUUUUGGGAUUUCUCCCCUAUUUGUAUUGAAGAAUCAAUUCGAUUAUCAAUCAAUUGGGUUUCAUUUUUUUUGGGUUUCAAAAGUUUCUAACCCAAAAGGGAUUGUAUUCAUCUGUGUCAUAGCUGGUAGCUAAUUUGCAACUGUGAUAUAUUAUUUCAUAGUUUCUGUGCAAAAGAUUCAACCUUUAUAUUCUCAGCUGGAAUUGUAUAAUAUUUACUGAUUUUAGCAUUUUCAUCUGGAAAUUCUGAUCAUUUGAUCAGUAGCUUUGAAUUUUCCUAUUGAAACCAUUGUUGUGUAAAAGUUUUAAGAUUUUAAAAGAUGACAAUUGGGAAUGUUGCACCAAAGAAGGAGAGGAAGUCAAGGAAGAACAAAGCAAUUGUUGAUGAGAAUGCUCCUUUGUUGCCCAAAUGUGGGGAAGAUGGUGGGUUUGAUGAGUUUAAUGGAGCCUCCUUUACUGGGGCAGUUUUCAACUUAUCAACCACAAUUGUUGGUGCUGGAAUCAUGGCUUUGCCUGCAACCAUGAAAGUGUUGGGUCUUGGUCUUGGGAUUACCAUGAUCAUAUUUAUGGCCUUCUUGACUGAGGCUUCAAUUGAGCUGAUACUCAGGUUCAGCCGAGCUGGAAAGUCUUCUUCUUAUGGAGGCCUCAUGGGGGAUGCUUUUGGAAAAUAUGGGAAAAUUUUGUUGCAGGUAGCUGUGUUAGUCAACAAUCUUGGUGUCCUCAUUGUGUACAUGAUCAUUAUUGGUGAUGUGCUCUCCGGAACGUCUUCAAGUGAAGGCCACCACGCAGGUGUACUUGAAGGAUGGUUUGGAGUACAUUGGUGGACAGGGCGUGCCAUUGUUCUUCUUGUAACAACACUUGGAAUCUUUGCUCCAUUGGCAAGCUUUAAACGAAUCGAUUCGUUGAGCUUCACGUCUGCCUUAUCCGUUGGCCUAGCAGUUGUGUUUCUUGUUAUUACUGUUGGAAUUACAGUGAUCAAGUUGAUUGAUGGCAGUAUUGGAAUGCCCAGGUUGCUACCUGAUGUUAGUGAUGUUUCAUCAUUCAUCAAAUGCUUCACUGUAGUCCCUGUACUCGUCACUGCCUACAUCUGUCACUACAAUGUUCAUAGCAUUGACAAUGAACUUGAGGACUCCACACAGAUAAGAGGGGUUGUGCAAUCGUCACUUGCUCUGUGCUCAUCUGUAUACAUAAUGACAAGCCUUUUUGGGUUCCUUCUAUUUGGGGAUGGGACUCUUGACGAUGUGCUUGCUAACUUCGAUGCUGACCUUGGCAUUCCUUAUGGUUCCUUCCUUAAUGAUGCUGUCCGUGUCAGUUAUGCCGCUCACCUUAUGCUUGUGUUUCCUGUUGUCUUCUUCCCAUUGCGGCUCAACUUGGAUGGCCUCCUCUUUUCCUCUUCAAGGCCUUUGGUUCUCAGCAACAUGAGAUUUACACUGGUCACAGUUGGGCUGAUUGGAAUAAUCUUCUUGGGUGCAAACUUUAUUCCCAGCAUCUGGGAUGCUUUCCAGUUCACUGGAGCAACUGCUGCUGUUUGCAUCGGGUUCAUCUUCCCUGCUGCAAUUACUCUCAAGGAUCGACACAGCAUAGCAACAAAGAAGGAUAAGAUCUUGAGCAUUGUCAUGAUUGUCCUUGCUGUAUUCUCAAACGUGGUGGCAAUAUAUAGCGAUGCCUAUGCCUUGUUCAAGAAUGCCAAGACUCCAUCACCGCGUGAAUGAUCUCUGAUGCAGUUCUACUUUAUACAAAGAACCCGCCAGCAGGUUGUUCUCAUGUUUUUAGUGAAACCAUCUACUGGCUGGAUACUAUGAACUUCAUUAGAAAGGAAAACCAGGGUUUUCUAAGAGGAUUGAAUAAAAAAUAAGCACUUGGCUCUAUGUAAAAUGGUGUGUUUGCAACUUUGCUUGUAGUGUAACAUCAUCGAAAAAACUUUGCUUCGUGUCAGAAGUGGGCAUCGGAAUUCUGUGCCCUCUCGCAUGUGUGUUUGUAUUAAGUCGUUUCCGACAUUGAACUCGGCUAUUUUUGGUACCGGAAUGAAUCGAGUGAGCGCACUGAAAAAUGAAUGCAUGUACUUUUAUACUUGGGGGCGUGCAAAUUCUUGCUCUUUUGUUUUCGUUGGUGA